UUUCGAUUUAACUUCAUUACCCACAAAGCAUCACGAUGACGUAGUAAACGGCAGACGCCAAGAUGGUGCUUGAAAGCACUAUGGUCUGUGUGGACAACAGUGAGUACAUGCGAAAUGGAGACUUUCUACCCACUCGGCUGCAGGCUCAGCAGGAUGCUGUUAACAUCGUAUGUCACUCAAAGACUCGAAGCAACCCUGAAAACAACGUGGGCCUCAUCUCCAUGGCAAACAACUGUGAGGUGCUGACCACGCUGACUCCGGAUACGGGGAGGAUACUGUCGAAGCUGCAUGCUGUGCAGCCAUGUGGAAACAUUAGCUUCUGCACCGGUAUCAGGGUAGCGCAUUUGGCACUGAAGCACAGACAGGGCAAAAACCACAAGAUGCGAAUAAUUGCGUUUGUUGGCAGCCCAGUGUGUGACAACGAAAAAGAAUUGAUCAAAAUGGCAAAGCGUUUGAAGAAAGAAAAGGUCAAUGUUGAUGUCAUUAACUUUGGAGAGGAGGCGAUGAACACAGAGAAGCUGACAGCCUUCAUCAACACGCUGAAUGGCAAAGAGGGAGCAGGUUCCCAUCUGGUCACAGUACCCCCGGGUCCCAGUCUUGCCGAUGCCCUGCUGUCCUCACCCAUUCUGGCAGGAGAGGGUGGUGCCAUGUUGGGUCUGGGUGCCAGUGACUUUGAGUUUGGAGUAGAUCCCAGUGCAGACCCUGAGCUGGCUUUGGCUCUGCGUGUGUCCAUGGAGGAGCAGAGACAGCGACAGGAGGAUGAAGCUCGCAGAGCCGCUGUUGCAUCAGCUGCUGAAGCUGGCAUUUCCUCCCCAGCUGCAGAUGAGUCUGAGGAUGCCUUGCUGAAGAUGUCUGUUCCACAUACAGACUCGGCCACACCUGCCCUACCAGACUUUAGCCGCAUGACAGAGGAUGAGCAGAUCGCCUAUGCUCUGCAGAUGUCCAUGCAGGGAGCAGGAGCAGAGUUUGGUGCUGAGGACAUGGAUACAGGUGCUGACAUCGACUCCAGUGAAGCUAAGGAUGAAGAGGAUUAUGAUGUUAUGCAGGAUCCGGAGUUCCUCCAGAGUGUUUUAGAAAACCUUCCUGGGGUCGACCCCAACAACGAGGCCAUUCGUAAUGCCAUGGGCUCUCUAGCUUCCCAAACGGGCUCUAAACCCGACGCCAAGAAGGACGAGGAGAAAAAGAAAUGAGCAUAAUGCACAGUGUUAUAAAUAAAGGAUGAGAAUUGCUCUGUGUGUGUUAUUCACCAUAGCGUCAUUCUCCUCAGAACAGGAAACAGUUUGUUCACCUUUUGUUUAUAUAGCUGUGUAAACUCUAAACAUUUGCCUUUUUUAUGUACUCUUCUGAUGUUAACCCUUCUGUGUUCAGGACUUGUGUUAUCUUGAUUUUUUGUUUGUGAUGUAACUAAGUUACAUGGUUACAUGGACAGAUUUCCUCAAUAAAUUUCCAGAAUUCAAAA